AUCUCAAACUUUCGGCUGAUGCAGACCAUGAUAUUUGCUAUCGAAGAAAUAAAUCGGAGCACAUCUCUACUUCCGAAUAUCACUUUGGGAUAUGAGAUCUACGAUGACUGCUCGAUCUCCGCGAUAGCGUCGAAAGCAGCGCUGGCUUUGGUGAAUGGAGAGCAAGAAUUAAUUGAGCACCCUGAAUGUAAAGGUUCCUCAAAUGUCGCAGCCAUUAUUGGCUGUACUAUAUCCACGUCCUCCAUUGCAGCCGCAAGGGUCGUUGGAACGUUUGGAAUUCCAAUGAUUAGUUAUUUCUCCACUUGCUCCUGUCUGAGCGAUAAGCAAGAAUACCCGACUUUCUUCAGAACGAUACCAAGCGACAAAUAUCAGUCCAAAAUUCUUGCUGAGCUCGUGAAAACCUUUGGUUGGAAUUGGAUUGGGACUGUUAGGAGCAACACAGAUUAUGGGAAUUUUGGUAUGAGGUCAUUUAUCGAGGAGGUCCAAAAACUUGGGGUUUGCAUCGCGUAUACUGAAUCGUUUCACAGAACCGAUCCCGGCUGGAAAAUCAAGAAAAUCGUGCAGGUAAUGAAAGAGGCGACCACAAAGGUGGUUGUUGGAUUUUUGCAAGGUGGAGAUAUGCGAGUGUUAAUUAAGGAGAUUUGGCGCCAAAAUGUAACAGGGAUACAAUGGAUUGGAAGUGAAGGGUGGAUUCGAGAAGAUAUAUUCUCACACGAAGAAAGCGGAAGGUUUCUUAUUGGGGCCAUUGGUCUAACAACCAGAAGGACAGAAAUAUCCGGUCUCAGAGACUAUCUUAUCAAAAUUCAUCCCUCUAGGUUUCCUGACAACACUUUUGUGAAAACGUUUUGGGAGACUCUAUUCUCGUGCUCUUUAAUGAAGGACGACACCAUAAAGACUGAAAGUUCUCCAUUUCAAGUGAGGCCAUGCACAGGGAAUGAACAUUUAGACGGGUUAGAAAAUGCUUACCUUCCAGCAAUAAUGGACGGAAGUUCCUAUCAUGUGUACAAAGCCGUUUAUGCUGUCGCUCAUGCACUUGACGAUAUGCUGUCUUGUAAAGAAGGCAAUGGCCCAUUUAUGAAUAAUGCUUGUGCUCACAUUUCCAGCUUUGAACCCUGGCAGCUGCUGCACUAUCUACACUCAAUAAAUUUCACUGCUCAAACUGGGGAAAUCGUGUAUUUUGACGAAAAAGGUGAUCCAGUCCCAACGUAUGACUUAGUAAAUUUACAAAUGAAUUUGGAAGAUAGACUUGAAAUUAUAAAAAUUGGAUAUUAUGAAGGUUCAGCACCGGAGGGACAAGAAGUUGUUCUAAAUGUGAGAGAUAUCGUGUGGAACUCCAUUGGAAAACAGAUUCCACGUGCCCUUUGCUCAGAACCUUGCCCACAAGGCACAAGAAAGGUCAGCAGGAAAGGUCAGCCAAUAUGUUGUUUUGACUGCGCAGAGUGCGCCGAUGGUGAGAUUAGCAACACCACAGAUUCCACCGACUGCGUGAAGUGUCCUUUGGAAUAUUGGUCCAGUCAACAAAAAGAUCAUUGUGUUCCCAAAAAGAUUGAGUUUCUUUCCUUCCAAGAGGUUCUGGGCUGCGUCUUAGGGGGUUUUGCUUUAGUGGGAGUAUGUCUUUCAUUGUGUGCAACUACUAUAUUCUUCCGGUAUCGCGAAACUCCUCUAGUUCGAGCAAACAAUUCGGAGCUGAGCUUCCUCCUCCUCUUUGCACUAACACUUUGCUUCCUGUGCUCACUUACCUUCAUUGGAAAACCGACUGAAUGGUCUUGCAUGUUGCGGAGGACUGCGUUUGGAAUUGUAUUUGUUCUCUGUAUUUCCUGUAUUUUGGGGAAAACGGUUCUUGUUGUGAUCGCUUUUAAAGCAACUCUUCCCAACAACAACUUGAUGAACUGGUUUGGACCCAUGCAGCAACGGUUAAGUGUGUUCGCCCUCACAUUUCUUCAAGGUUUAAUUUGCACAAUCUGGCUCAUUGUAUCACCUCCUUAUCCAGUGAAAAACAUGACGUAUUAUAGAGACAUCAUUAUUUUGGAAUGUGACGUGGGCUCUUUAAAAGCGUUUUAUUUUGUAUCCAGUUAUAUUGGUCUUCUCUGCACUGUAUGCUUCCUGUUGGCUUUUCUUGCCCGGAAACUUCCAGAUAAUUUCAACGACGCGAAGUAUAUAACUUUCAGUAUGCUGAUCUUCUGUGCUGUUUGGAUCACUUUCAUUCCGGCUUAUGUCAGCUCUCCUGGAAAGUACACGGUGGCUGUCGAAGUGUUUGCCAUUUGGGCGUCAAGCUUUGGUUUACUUGUCUGCAUUUUUGCUCCAAAAUGUUAUAUUCUCUUAGUCAAACCGGAGAAUAACACAAAGAAAAACAUGAUGGGCAAAUGA